ACUGACUUCAAUUGAUGGUGUCGGUUGUUGUAGCAACCGUCUUAAGGCGCAAGUCGAGCAUGGACAUUUUAUCUGUAGCUAGGUUAGUUGGUGGUGUUGGUAGUAAUAUAUGCUGAUUUUAAAUAUUAGUUGUAGCGAAAUGGUCGCAUUUUAUGUGUUUAACGUCGCGCAGUGUUUUUGUUCACCUUGGAUAUCAGUUUUGUUAGCCUAACGAUCAGACUGCAGCUAGCUAAGUGCUUACAAUAGGUGAGCAAAAUACGCUUGCCUAAAUUGCAGUAACGCUAGAUUUGUUUGCGCAUUCUAUGUUAGUAUACUCGUUGUCUGAUUAAGUAAUUAGUUAGCGGUACUCACCAUGUCGGCUGUCAGCAGCCUCGUGCCUGCACGCUUCUUGACUAUCACAGCUCACCUUGUCAUCGUCAUCACAAUCUUUUGGUCGAGGGACAACAACGUAAAGGCUUGCUUGCCUUUGGAUUUCACGCAAGAGCAGUAUGACGAUGAAGACCGGAAGUUGGUGGUGGCAUUGGCAGUCACCCUGGGUCUGUUUGCUAUAGAAUUGGCCGGGUUCUUCUCAGGAGUGUCCAUGUUCAACUGCAGCCAAGGUCUCCUGUCAACAGGAGUCCAUGCCAGUGCCUCAGUUGCGCUGCUUUUCUUUCUAUUUGAGCAGUGGGAGUGUGACAUCUACUGGUGGAUCCUUGCCAUUUGCAGUGUGCUACCUGCUUUUGUGGAGAUUCUUCUGUUUGUAGCUGUUUUUGGACUAAAGAAGAAGCCAUUGUGAAAGACAGUCCUGAUCUGAAAUGCUGCAAAUGAAUGUGGAUGUGGACCUCUUUCUAACUGUAUCAACAAAUACUGUAGCUACAGAAGGUCUGUGAUUCACUAAUAAUGUGCAGACGAAUGAAGUAAAAACAUUGUUUAACUGUGCACACACAGCACCAACAAACAUUGAAAGGAUAUACAAGCUGGUCUCUUUUCUGUAUUGUUUUUUUUAUAUAUAUAUAUUUAUACAUUUUGAAUUAAAUAGAUUCAGAAUAAGCAGUAACUUUGUUGAAAUAAGUGCUAAUGUGGCAGUAAACUCGAUGUGUUGUUCUGUUCUCAGUCUAUUUGACAUUUUCAUGGAAAGUCUUAGAAUGCUAUUGUAAUCCAAAAUACAUUUGUACAAAUUCUUUCUGAAACUG